AUGUUGACAGACGUAGAGAAGGGCGGCGGCGUAGGCGUGCGGGGGCGCCACCCCACCCCCGCCCCCCGCUCCGUCAAGUCCGAGAGCGAGGAGUACGAUACCUUCGGGUCCGACUCGGACACCGACCCGCCCGCCUCGUCCAGGACCGAGUCGUCCAACCAGCUGGACCACGACAGGUCAGGGCCGGUCAGAGCUGUGCAUCAUAAUCUUAUAUACCACGCAGCAGAGUCUAGCACAUCUACUGAAGCCUCCCCUACCUUACCUCGACGAUCCUUCCACAGAAAACGUGAGAGGAUGGGCUUCACCCGAGGAAUAGGCGGUGGAGGAGGAGCCCACACCCUCCUGAGUCCUCCUCGCACUCCCUCCUCCCUCCUGGGGAUGUCGCCUGUGCCACUUACGCCGCCCACCCCGCCCACGCCCUUCACGGACGCCCACGAGCUCAGCGAGACGGAAUGCGAUCGUGACGUGAGGCGCAGUUACCAGGUCGUGGAGAAGGGAAGCACCAUCAAUGUCUAAAGCGGAGGUCGAUGGUCUUAAUGAACACCUGGUCCACUUGUGAAGGGACGGCGCCGGGAAGUGGCUUGCGAAAGGAAGGCUGACUUGGAACCUCUCAGAGAGCAACAGAUAGUCAUCGUGUUCAGUGUUUCUUUUCUUUUGCAAAUGAUAAAACUAUAAAAUCCCUUUAAGGGGAUUUGCAACUUUAAAAAAAAUGGUCUUGCAAAAGUAAAACAAUGAAGAAAAAAGUAGAUUUUGUUUUCUUGAAAGAGGUUCUGGAAAGUCUGAACUUCACUGCAGCCUAAGUGUGAUUAUAAACCAAUACAAUAAUACACGGAGGAUCUCACAUGUGAAAAUCUCAACAUAAACAGAACUCCACCUGUUGCCGAAGGUGCUUACGGCUCAAAGUGGUUUGUGGACGGCGACAGACAUUUUCCAAGAUGGACGCUGUUUCUCAAAAAAAUAAAAAAAUAAAAUAAAAUAAAAUAAAUUCGUACAUCAUUUUCUUGAUAUCUCGUGUGAUCACUUCCUCUUUUCUUCUCUCUGUCUUUCUUUCUGUGCCACACCAAAUGUACUGAAUGUGUUAUGUUUUCUGCAAAAGGGAAAUAUAUUUUUACAUUGUUUCUGUUCUAAUAUUUUCAUCUGAAAAAAAAAAAAAUCUGUAUAU